UUUGUCUCUGUCGAACAGGCUGCUUACCUGUGCGCCAAAACGUUCACAUCGCCUCACCUGAAGCGUCCGCGAUGGACAAAACCAGAUGACAUACGAGGAUUUUAUUUUUCCGUGCGCAUUUGUUCGUCCAAAGCAAAGGAAACAAAGCUGAGGUGACAAAAACGUUUCUACAACCAAGCGGCAAAUAUUCCAGAGAACAAACAUAACAGCAGCACCAAGCUCCGAGGAAAAACAGGCCUGUUGAACCGCUGGCGCCCCAUCAUGUGCUAAUCCUCUCAGCGCCGCCCAAAGGGUUGUGAUCCCACUCUGAGCAGCAGAUCUCCUCAGCUUCUGCACCUGUACCCCCUGCUCACAUGGCCCACCCUUACGAGCCCUGGCUACGGACAGCACCACCCAGUGGCAGCUCAGAAGACAUGAACAUUCCCACGUGGUGGGACCUCCACAGGGACAUCCAGCCCGGCGGCUGGAUAGACCUACAAACAGGCCAAGGUGUCGGCCUGCCUUCGGUGGGUCCGGGGAGUUCUAUGGGGCUGCAGCCCUCUUUGGGUCCCUACGGUUCAGACCCACAGCUGUGCAACCUGCCUCCGGCUCAACACGUUCCGGCCUCGCACUCGUCCCACCUCUUCCCCCAGGACGGCUUCAAGAUGGAGCCGCUGGCUCCUGAAAUGCUGCAGCAGGAGCCGUUUUCCCUGGAGGAACCUCAGGAGAGCUCUGUCUCCGUCCGUCCCAAGCCCCAGCGACGCUCCUCCUCCCGAGGCGCCGGCCAGGCCGUGUGUCGCUGCCCCAACUGCGUCCACGCGGAGCAGCUGGGCCAGAGCGCCGACGACAGCAGGAGAAAGCACAUGCACAACUGCCACAUUCCUGGCUGUGGCAAGGCCUACGCCAAGACCUCCCACUUGAAGGCCCACCUGCGGUGGCACAGUGGGGACCGGCCCUUUGUCUGCAACUGGCUGUUCUGCGGCAAGAGGUUCACGCGCUCCGAUGAGCUGCAGCGGCACCUACAGACACACACCGGGGCCAAGAAGUUCAGCUGCGCGCUGUGCCCCCGAGUCUUCAUGCGCAACGAUCACCUGGCCAAGCACAUGCGCACGCACGAGUCCCCGCCGGGACCCGGCGAGGAGAGGGCGAACGGCGACGGGAGGAUGGACAAGGGCUUCGACGCACCGACGCCUCCUCAGUCGUCAGCCGGCGUGUCCACGUGCGACAGCACAGAGCCGCAGCUGAAGCUGAAAUGUGAGGCCGACCCCUCGGUCUCUAGUGUGACCGGGCAGUCGGGCUAAGUCAUAUGUAUGUCUGUGAUAGCCAUGUCAUAGUUUAAUGAUAGAAUAGAAACCGAAGGAAACCGGAUGAAACUCCUGAUCAGCCUGUUCCCGCGAAUGAAUCCUCUGGACUAACUCAGUGAUUAUCAAAAUCUCCAGACUAUAAAGCAGCGGUUUUGCUGAGUCUAUGGAUACAUUAUUUCUUCUGUGUUUCCAUAAAGCGAGUGGUUGCCAUAGAUGCAACUGAGCUGAAGCUGCAGCUUCAAAAUUCUAUUGCUGCUAGAGCUACUGCUUCCAAUCGACCAAGAGACUAGAAUGAGUUCAACUGAAGGCGCGUUUACAGCAACAUCGAACAAAAACUGGAAAAAACUGGAUGUUCCACGUGGAGCACAUAGGGACGUAAAACAAGGAGUUUGUUUUACUGUGACAGUUGUGAGAAGACAUAACAUAAGUGUUGGAAGUGAUAUAUAACUAAUUCAAAUGGUACAGAAACCAAAUGACAGUGGAGUGGAGUGGAGCUUAUGAUAAGGGAUGCUGAUGAAUAUAAUAUAAUAUAAUAUAAUAUAAUAUAAUAUAAUAUAAUAUAAUAUAAUAUAAUAUAAUAUAAUAUAAUAUAAUAUAAUAUAAUAUAAUAUAAUAUAAUAUAAUAUAAUAUAAUAUAAUAUAAUAUAAUAUAAUAACAGACAAAGGUUUGAAAAUUUGGACCAGUAAAUUGUUUAGGCUCAAAUACACAGUUUGCAAAGGUUAACUGUAAUUAAUUUCACGUGUUUUCAUGGUAAAACAUUUGCUGGAAGUGAUCACGCACCAGGAGAACGUGAAUGUGUUCAGAUUACAGAUGUGUAACAACAAAAUGCACCAGAAGAAUGAAACCUGUGCACAGACUCAAACACAUCAGGUAAGAAACAAGAAACAAACUCCAGCUGGACACGUAGAGAAAAAUGUUGCCGUGCUGGAUGGAGCCGGCUCCUGUCGGGGCAUGCCGAUGACAGUGGCCGUAUCUGGCACAAACAAGACUUCCCAGCUCUCGCUCCUGUCAACAACACAAGCUGCUGGCACUGAGUGAGGCCUCCAAGAUGAAGGAGCUUUUCAUUACAUCACGAGGAAGGAGGUUUAAUCCAGCGGCCUGUGCAACACUUAAAGUGGUCCAGUUAAAUAUGUGUAAUGUGAAAGAUGUUGCUCAAGGUAACAAACUAAAAGAUAGAGUCAUUAUCAUUCAACUUUUCAGUUACUCAGUAAUUAUUUUGGCAACAAACACACUACAAGUUCAAGCCAUGGUAGCACACGUAGCAGACAAAGUGUGCAACUAUUAGGUGAACAAAGAGGAACAUAAAACAUGCAAGCACAUUAAAAUGAGGCAAAUAUUACACGGUGUGCUGCCCUCAAGUGGCCUGAACAUCACAGCGCUUUAUUAUCACCAAGCUAUGAACAACAUGCUCUGUCACCAGCAGUUGGUGCUUCUAAAGCUGCAGAAGAAUCAACAUGCAGGAAGAAACACGUAGCAGUAAUACUUUAGGUUGUUUGUGUUCUAUUUUUGUAUGAUCAGUAGUUCUGUAGCCGGCAGCGUGAGCAGUUUUACUUUAACGCAUUGAUAGGAUGCAUUUGUAUCACCACAGACACUAGGCUGACAUCUCUACAUGUUAGGGAGCUUGCAUUAUUGGAGGCCCACAACUGCUGUAUUCAUGUAUAGGAGUUCAGAAACAGAAGACAGUGCUUAAACAUUAGUCAAUUAUUGUGUAUUGACUAGUUUUCAUAUUGUUCAUGUUAUUAUAGAUAUAGAUAUCAUGAUUUCGUUUGUGAUGGUCAGUAGAACACAGAUGGACACCUUUUUGUUGUCUGUUGGUUGCAGUAGUAAAGGCUUUUUGUGGAAAAUAUAAAAAAAGGUUUAAUAAGUUAAGUAUUAUGGUGUAAUAACUUGUAUUUAAUCUAAUAUUUUUCUUUACUGAAUAAAAAUUACUUCCUGA